CCGCGCGGCCUCUGCCGGGCCCUAAUCCCUAAAUCCCAGCGGGAUUAGCGGCCCGGAGGCGGGCGCCGGAUCCCCGCAGGCGCUCGAGCCCCGACUGACCCGUAACGCCCGGGGCCGCGAGAGGAGCCCAUGGCGCUGGUGAAGAGCGGCUGGCUCUGGCGGCAGAGCUCCAUCCUGCGCCGCUGGAAGAGGAACUGGUUCGUGCUCUACCUGGACGGCACCCUGGCCUAUUACCAGGACGAGAGGCAGCGCGACAUGGAGGGGCGCGUGCACGUGCGGUACGGCUGCCGCGACGUGCGCGCCGGCCGCCAGUGCCGAGCGCCGCAGCCGCCCGAGGGCAAGAGCCGCGAGUGCCUGUUGGUGCUGGCGCUGCGCGACGGCUCCAGCACGACGCUGUGCGCCGAGAGCGAGGACGACGCCGUCGCCUGGAAGGAGGCCGUGCUGGAGGCCAGAGCCACCCCGGUGCACGUCUACGACCCCUACGAUGACGACUACUACCAGACGGUGCCGCUCGACUCGCACCAGGCCGCCUAYGUCAGCUCGGGCUACUACGGCAGUCCCUAUGGAGCUCCGGGCGGCACCCGCGUGGUGCUGCGCGAGGAUCCCUACCGCGUCUCCGGAGACCAGAUGGCCCUGGGGCUCCUGGCCGGCGCCGCCACCGGUGCCGCCCUCGGCUCCUUCAUGUGGAUGCCCUGCUGGUUUUAGGGAGCCGCUCGCCCCCCCAGAACACCCCCAAACACCCUCUCCACCCGCCCAACCUGCUUAAAUCCCGGGAUGCGCCUGGAUUGAGGCCCUUUGGCUCCUUUGAACUAAUCCCCCUGGGG